AUGCGCGUUCCCAGUCAUGGCGUCGGCGUCGCGUCAAGUAUCUGCCCAACUUUGGCCAUCCCAUCUAGCCCUGACGCACACACCUCGACAGAGCCAUUCCCAUCACGCUUCCUCACUGAAUGCCACCCCAUCAUCCUGUUCCGCUGGCCCAGUGAAGAGUCAAAGGAGGUUCAGGUUCGCACGUCGACGCUCAACGCCACACCGCUCGUCCGCCCGACAGCGCGCGGGGCCCCGUUCCGCGCGCGAUCAACGCGAUUGCAACCUCCUCGCCUUUACCUGCAGCUGCUGCUGCUGCUGUACGCGACUCCGGAUCAGCCGACUGACAAGUCGGCCAUGGUGCCGAGCACAGCCGAUGUCACUGCCAGGCUAGCCAACCGAGCCUUCGUCGACGGCUCCCAUGCCGAUGGGAACGCGCGCGCCCGUGUGACGGGAAAAUCGGAAGAGCGCAGAGGCCUCAACACGACCUCGAGGCUUCGUCGCUCUCCACCUGCACAUCGCACCUUCCUCAGCAAAAGACUCGCUAGAGCAUCGCCCGCCAGCAUGGAGGACGACGACGACGCUUUCCUGUACGGCGACGAGCCUGCUCCGGCCCCCGCUGCCGCCUCCAAGCCACACGCCGCUCCAGCCAAUGGCGCCACUUCUUCCGCCGACGCUGUUGCCAACACGACAGAAUCAACCACGACAGCGCCGACCAACGCCGGUCAAAAGGAUCAAGAGGACGAAGACGACGACGACGAUGGCGAUGACGACGACGCCGACGACGACGACAGCGACUCGGACAUCGAAUUCAUCAUCGAUGCUACCCAGGAAGCACAGCCUCCAGCGCGUCCUGGCGCACGACCCGCCGUUCCAGGCGCACGUCCUCUGCCCACACAGAGCACGCCGCAGCGUCCACAAUCCACGCUCACCUCCGAAUACACGCCGCUCUCCCGCUCCCAGCUUCUCGCCAAUGCCAGUCCAGCAUCCGCAGCACCAGCGGGUGCACCGGGUGCGCCACCACCUCCGCCCGGCGCGCCUCCCGUCAAGCCCCAACUGGCGAGCGACACGCUCGGUCCUGAGGGUGGCCCUCCUGCCGUGCCAUCCACAGCACCCAGACUCAACCUCUCCCCCGGUCCCGACGAGCGAGCCUACCCGAAACCAGACGACGUGGUCGAGGAGGAAGAAAGCUCGGCGCGCGACAUUUUCGACAUUGACCUCGAGAGCCUUGCGGACAAACCCUGGCGGCGGUACGGAGCCGAUCUGACCGACUACUUCAACUACGGCUUCAACGAGGACUCGUGGAGCGUGUGGCGCGCCAAGAAGGAGCACAUGACCGGCGCGCGCAAGCAGACCCAAGCCAGCCUGUUUGGCGGUGCUGGAGGCGAGAUGCCCAACAUGCAGCAGAUGAUGGCCAUGAUGCCCCCGCCGCCGCAAGCCAUGCAGGCCAUGAUGUCGCAGAUGGGCGCAUCCAACGGCGGGGCUGGGCCUAUGGGUAUGCCUCCCAUGCCGCCCGACCAGAUGAUGGCCAUGAUGGCCAGCAUGUCCGGCAUGCCUCCCAUGCCCGGCAUGCCGCCGCCCAUGAUGAUGCCUGGCAUGUUUGGCCAGCCGUUCAACGGCGACCAGACUCAGCCUCGGCAGGACGGGCAGCACUCGCCUUACCCACCGCAGGAUCAGGACCAGGGGCGGGACGGCGGUGCACGCGGCUGGGAUGCGCCUGCAAGCCCACGACGCGGCGGCGAGGCGUCAGAAUCCAACGAUCGCCGCGGCGAGGACGAAGCCAGCGAUGCGCCGCUCGGCCCGUUGCCGCCCAGCGUGCCCAUGAAGCCGAUGUCCGGUGCGGACAUGUCGGCGUUCUUUGGCGCGUCGGGCGUCGACGCCUCGCAAGUAGCAGCGGCAGGCAUCCCCGUUCCGCCCAACGGUGCCGAAGCCUCAGACGCCGGCGGAGCGCCGUCCAAGAAGGGCGGUGCCAACACCAAGCCGGGACACUCGUCUCGGGCGCCUCCACCCGGUGCAGCGCCUAGUGCGCCCAAGGGCACCUCGAUCCGCGGGCGGGCGGCAGCAGCUGCGGCGGGGGCGGGGGGCAGCUCACGCGGUGGACGGGCACACUCGCCGCUGCCCGCCAACGUGCCCUCGGGCCCACGCAAUCCGGGCAAGCGGUACAACGACCGCGACACGGGUGCCGGUGCUGGCGACGCGCUCGACUACGGUGCCACCGCCGGUGAAGAUGAUCGCGAUCGUCGUCAUGAUGAUGAGUGGGAUCGUGGCCGGGAUCACGGCCGCGAUGCGAGUGGGUGGGACAUGUCGCCUCGCGAUGAUGACCGUCGACGCGGUGGUCGAAGUGGCCGUAGUCGCCGCGAAGGCACGUACGACUCUGCGUCCGCAAAUGGCCGUGCAGAAGACGAUGGAUAUUCGCGUCGGGGUGGAUCUAGGUCCAAGCGCGACGAGUGGGAUGACGAUACUGCCUCGCAAACCUCGGCGAGCGGUAGAAGAAGGAGGGGAGGAGGAUCGCGCGAUCAUCGGUCGGAGCCAAGGGAGAGGGAACGCGAGAGGGAUAGGGAUGUCCAUCGAUCGGACCGCGACCGUGACCGCGAGCGUGAGAGGGAGCGCGAGCGCGAAGUUCGCAGCCAAGCCCGUUCUGAACGUCGAGCCGGCCGAGACCUCGACGAUCCAGCCAUCCCCACAGGUCCAGCGGCUCAAAACGCCAGGGCGGGUCGAAAGCGAAGUGCACCCGAAGAUCGGGAUGACGACGAGCACGAUGCGCCCAAGAGCUCAACCAGAAGCCGAGGCGGCCGCAAAAAGCGCUAA